AUGUAAUCCCAAAAUAAUUAAUAUCUCUAAUUUGUUGGUAAACCACAUAUUUCUGCUGUCAUUGCAGGUGGAAGAAGAAGAGUGAAUUAUACAUUCGAAGACAAAAGUGAACUUGUUGAGGAAUAUGAUAUCAAUAAUCAUGAAUUAAUUUGUAAAUUUUGAAUAUUAAGAAUAAAUCAGCUAGAAAAUGGAAAAGGUUAUCCAAUAUUAAAGAAUCAUAAUGGAUUUAUGAAGUUGGAGAAGCUCCAAUUGAUCAAUAAAGCGAAUUGAAAUUGUCCAAUACUAAUGUAAGUAUUUCAAAUGAUAACAAAGCCUAUUUUUGUUAGAAAAGACACUCCACAACAUUUCUAAUAUAGAGUUCGUAAUCUAACAUAUCCAGAAGAUGUUUAUUAAGUAGAGAUUGAUGAAAAAUCUCAAGAAAUUGUUAUAAGAACAACAAAUAAAAAAUAUUAUAAAAGAUUUGCUAUUCCUGAUAUUAGGAGAGCUAAUCUUAAACUUGAAUAAGGAAAGGCUACUCAUGUUUACAAAAACAAUACUCUCAUUGUGUCUGUAUAAUUAUAAAUUUUACUAUUAGUAUCCUAAACCAGAUCAAAUACUUGAGAGAGAAUAUUAAAUUAGAUAAGAAUUUGAUAAAUUAAACAAGAAAAAACCAAAAGAAGGGGAUUUAGAGUGUGUAUAACAAUGA